UUUCGGGCUCUGGUGCCUGUAGCCAGUCUCCACAUCACGCUGGUGACCCACUUGGCCAGUCAAGAGGAAGUAAACUUGGCAGUGUGUGCAGUGGCCCAGAUGAAGGCAUCGCUGCAGGACCUGCUGCGGGGGCGAGAGCUCAUACUGCCCUUCCACAGCAUCGGACACUUCAGGAAGCUGGCGUUUUGUAGAACCUUGUCAAACUGGUCCAGAUCGCAUGUGGGUUCUACUGCUAGUCUUGUGAGGAAAACGUUUGAGGAGAAAUGCCUCUCCUCUGGUGACCGCAAAGCCUUCAAGCCUCACCUUACCUUCAUGAAGCUGUCCAAAACUCCUCAGCUACACAGUCAGGGUUUAAAGAAGCUGUACUCUGACUACGCUCGACACCACUUUGGAAACGAGAGGGUGUUCAGACUGGCCCUCUACUCAAUGUUGAAGAAAAAGACCCCAGAUGGAUACUACCACCGAGAGUUCAGUGUGUCAAUCGAUCUUUUUCAGAGCGGGCCUUGGGCUGCUCGGACAAGUGUCAAGAGGGGUCCGGAGCCUGACGAUGAGGAGCUUGUGAGCCUGAGUAAGAGGCUGGUGGAAGACGCCGUGCUGCUGGCCGUGCAGCAGUUCAUGGAUGAGACUCAACACAACGGGGCCGCGUCAUCCGACCCGGCGCGGCCCUCAGACAACCUCAACACUAACGCUGUCAAAACAACCGACACCUGUGCCAGCAGCAAGUGACCCCAGCCAAAUCCCCCAGGCAGCACUGGACACUAACCAGUCAGGCAGGAACUCAGGCAGUCAGCCAGCCAGCCAACCGGCCCAGGAGCCAAUGGGCAGUACUGUUACUGGAUCAAGCCCAGUUGAGGUGUUUUACUAGAGAAGGAAGAAAGGUAUUGGGGGCAAAACUCUGGAUUGAGUGUGGACUCCAGAUGCAGUUUUUUGUGUUCUUGAUUUUAUGUACCUGAUUGUCACCAAUGCUCAAGGCAGCCUCACGCCACACAAUCUCUCCUGUCAUGUCUGUCAGUCCAUCUGUCUAGUGUGGACCUUUGUUCAUUCUUGAUUUAUCUAUGCCCUGAGAAAAAGAGUUGGCCUUCUGAAGGAAAUUUCUGUUCUGAUUAAUUUGCUACGUGAGGUGUGGGUCGUUCCAACGCUCAGAGUGGAGCUGACAUGUCACGACACACACUACAGCCUGAUCUUGGUUAGGUUAGGCUGUACCUCGGCCCUCCACAAGGUGCAGUCAGUACAAAGACAUUCACCGUCUUUCUACAAAGCUAAAACAAAACAGCACUACAAAAGGAACUGCAACUCAAAAACCUGAGACCAGGGAAAAUGAGCUCAUCUAUGCAGUUGGAGAAUAUGCUGUGACCUAUGUUUACAUGAUCCUGUCUCAUCUGUGCUGUAUGUGGCUAAAACUUGAAAAGGUAAAUGAAGAGUGGGUCCCAUGUGCUACCUGUGGUAAAAUAUGCAUUUUAAAAAAUGACAAAAAGGUUGACCUACCAGCAAUGAGGAUCAUGUUAGGUUCGUGUUUGUUUGUUUGUCCCCUGUAGGAGGGGCUGGUGAUGCAGCAGGCCUGGUUAGGAAGGCCCAGUGCACAUACAACCAGUCUCUGUCUCAGAAACUACAGGACAUAAAGGAGCAUCUAUCCCAGCUGGCUGUCCGAGCUACCAUCCGCCGGGAGAUCUCUGGCACCUGAUUGACUGAACACUCCCAGCUCCCACCAGCAGUGCGGAGCCAGCACCAAGGAACGACAGAUACUGUAGUAGGCUAGUGUCCUACACACAGUAGAUAGAUACAGUGCGUUCGGAAAGUAUUCAGACCCCUUGACUUUUUCCAUAUUUUGUUAAGUUACAGCCUUAUUCUAAAAUGGAUUGAAUGUUUUUUUUCCUUCAUCAAUCUACACACAAUACCCCAUAAUGACAAAGCAAAAACUGAUUUUAAAAACUUUUUGCAAUUUUAUAAAGAAUUAUAAUAACUGAAAUAUCAUAUUUACAUUAGUAUUCAGACCCUUUACUUAGUACUUUGUUGAAGCACCUUUGGCAGUGAUUACAGCAUCGAUUCUUCUUGGGUAUGACGCUACAACCUUGGCAUGCCUGUAUUAAGGGAGUUUCUCCCAUUCUUCUCUGCAUAUCCUCUCAAGCUCUGUCAGGUUGGAUGGAGAGUGUCGCUGCACAGCUAUUUUCAGGUCUCUCCAGAGAUGUCAGAUCGGGUUCAAGUCCGGGCUCUGGCUGGGCCACUCAAGGACAUUCAGAGACUUGUCCCGAAGCCACUCCUGCAUUGUCUUGGCUGUGUGCUUAGGGUCGUUGUCCUGUUGGAAGAAGAACCUUCACCCCAGUCUGAGGUCCUGAGCGCUCUGGAGAAGGUUUUCAUCAAGGUUUUCAUCAACUUUACCUCGUUCAUCUUUUCCUCGAUCCUGACUAGUCUACCAGUCCUUGCCGCUGAAAAACAUUCCCACAGCAUGAUGCUGGCACAACCAUGCUUCGCCGUAGGGAUGGUGCCAUGCAAGUCCUUUCUCCCCUGAUUGCUCAGUUUGGUCGGGUGGCCAGCUCUAGGAAGAGUUUAGGUGAUUCCAAACCUCUUCCAUUUAAGAAUGGUCCAUCAUGGUCCAUCAUCACUGUGUUCUGUGAUCGGCCACUGUGUUCCUGGGGACCUUCAAUGCUGCAGAAAUGUUCUAGUACCCUUCCCCAGAUCAAUGCCUCGACACAAUCCUGUCUCGGAGCUCUACGGACAAUUCCUUUGACUUCAGGGCUUGGUUUUUGCUCUGACAUGCACUGUCAACUGUGGGACCUUAUAUAGACAGGUGUGUACCUUUCCAAAUCAUGUCCAAUCAAUUUAAUUUUACUUUAGUUUGGUGAAUCUUUUUUAUCUCUAUUUCUUGAACUGCAUUGUUGGUUAAGGGCUUGUAAGUAAGCAUGUGACAAAUAAGAUUUGAUUUUGAAUCAAGUUGUACAAACAUCUCAAAGAUGAUCAAUGGAAACAGGAUGCACCUGAGCUCAAUUUUGAGUCUCAUACUGUAAAUAAAGUUUUUCUGUUUUAUAUUUAAUACAUUUGCAAACAUUUCUAAAAAUUUGUUUUCGCUUUGUCAUUAUGGGGUAUUCUGUGUAGAUUAAGAAAAUAUAAAUUUAAUCUAUUUUAGAAUAAGGCUGUAACAAAAUGUGGGAAAAGGGAAGGGGUCUGAAUACUUUUCUAACGCACUGUACCACAGAACAAACACAACAGGAAGUACACACAUUUUUCCAUGAUUCAUUUUAUAUAUUUUUAAAGAAAAUGUUUAAUUUUGAAAAGAGUAGAAAGAAACUAGUUGGGGGAAAAAAGCACAUUGUGAAAUUCAGUUUGUAUUUUUUUUUCAUGCUUUUAGCACUAUGCAUAAAAUACCACUUCCAAGUGGCUUUAAUAAAGACAGAGGCUCUUCACUGAGGCUUGUGUUUUAUGUUUUUGUUUAUCUUUUGCAUAAUUUCACCAGAAUCUUAAUAUAUGCUUUGUGUCACAGAUGUGUCAUGGGAGGCUACAACAUUGUCUGCUGCCUUGCUCAUGGUCUCAACAGUCGAGAUGUUGUUCUAUGUACCAGGUGUGCUGGAUGUCAACUACUGUUUGUGUUUCAUGUCUAGCCACAAUGAACAAUACAAAAAUCAUGAUAUGAAGAUUGAUUUAACAGAGUUUGUUUCCCAUGUGGUUCAGUGAAUCUGAAGCCAUGGGGAUGUGGGUUUUAGAUUAUUUGUUUUUAUUUAACCAGGACAAGACCCUUGAAGUUAGAAACCACUUUCUCAAGGGGGACCUGGGAUCUAUGGUGUCUAUUUUGGGCGAUGGGAAGGUUAAAGGCAAAGAUCUCUCACUCUUAGGUGCUGUCAUGGAGAGCCUUGUGUAAUGCACACUGCACAAUUAUAUUGGGAUUUCCUCGCAACAGAUGGGUCAGUGACUUCUUCUUGUAUUUUUAAAGCAUCUGCCUCAAGCUGUGUUUUUCAGUUUUUUACUCAUAUGCUUCUAUUUUUGGUCUUCGCCCUCAAAGCUCCCGUUCGCCUCAGCUCUGGAUCCAUCUGCCAAAGCAGGACGAAAAGACAAAGGAGUGCACAGCGUGAGCGGAUAAGGAUUGGCAGGCUGUGGGCUGAAACUAUACUUAUCAUUUUAUGAAUCUCUGGUGCUGCCUGCUCCGAUCGAUACACGCUCCCUGACAGAGCCACUACAUGCUUAAAUAAAAACGGUCUAUCUAGUACCUAAAUGGGUUCUUUGGCUGUACCCAUAGGGUUUUACAUGGAACCCAAAAGGGUUCUACCUGGGGGAAAAAAGCUUCUACUUGGAACCAAAAACAGUUAUUCUAUGGGGACAGCCGAAGAACCCUUUAGGAACCCUUUUUUUAAGAUUGUAGUCUUCUCUUCAGACCAGUCUUUAUUGUCAUAAACUCCCCUCUACUCAAUAUCUCUCAGUAUGAUAUGAUCACUGCGUUGAAGCCAUUGGGUUGUUCUUGAAUUGUGGAGGUAUUUUCAUCCCUUGGCUUUGUAAUCAUAAAAAUGUAAAGACAAUUACACAUCAUACAUGUUUUUGUUUAUAUUUUACGCUGUUUAUCAAUGAUAAAACAUGAUACAUAAAGCAUAAGUCCUUUAUACUGCAAAACUAUGUUAAUGCAAAUUGUCUUGUGUAGAGUUGUUGUGAAAUGUUUUGGGGAUUUAGAGAGAGAUCUAUUAUUUAGAAUUCCAGAAAGUGAACAAAAGUAUUUAAUAUAUUGUAUAGAUCAAUAAAAACAAAAGGCUAUUAAAAUGCCUAUUUUUGGCUAGUAUAAUGUCUGUCCCUCAGUUUUAUGUAAUUGGUGUUACCAUCUUGAAAAUCACAACAAUUCUCUCCAGUGGAAAACUAUCAGGGGAGGGGUCUAUAUUAAAGAAAAUUGUUAGCUAAUCACACCCUUUUAAUGGCAUAGUUUCCAUUGAUAAUUGUGUUUAAAACACAAGUGUCACUUGAUUUUAAUUUAAAUGAAGGGAAAUAACAUUAUUUAAAUGAUCUAAUUAAUCAUUUUGUGCAAAGGAUUUUUAAAGGCUUAAUCACCUUAGAUUUGACCAUCUGUGAGCUCCAUUUAAGAAAAUCCUCAACUUAAAAUGUCUCAUGUUACUACUGAUACUAGUGACACAAUGUUAAAAAAAACAUGUUAAGUCAUUAAAGAGGAACUGACAGCGUUUUAACUACUUUUCAGAUAUGAAACAGAUAAUCAUAUCAGUCAAAAAUAUCAAAUUCCCAGUUUAUGCUACAAAACCAACUUCAUAAGAGGUUUUAAAAAUAGGUCUUGUUUGCCUCAACAUUCCAUGAUGUACACUAAGGAAUUGUUGGCAGAAUAGAUUGAUUCAGUUCAAUGCAUGAUUAAUAUAAUUCACCAAUGCGUUUCUUGGUAGUCCCAAAAAAUAUUGCUAUCAGGUUGUAAAUCACAGCUGGCCUGAUACAUUGUUUGCUGCCUACAUUCAGGAUGCAUGGUUUCAGUUUAAAUGGCUCAAUAUUUUGUAUCCCGUUUGAAGGUAAGACCCAGGUGCAGACAGUGUCGAAGUAACAGAAGUUUAUUACAUCGAACACAGGCAGGCAAAGGUACAGGACGGCAGGCAGGCUCAAGUCAGGCAGAGGUCGGUAAUCCAGAGUAGUGGGGCAAAGGUACAGGACGGCAGGCAGGCUCAAGUCAGGCAGAGGUCGGUAAUCCAGAGUAGUGGGGCAAAGGUAAAGGACGGCAGGCAGGCUCAAGUCAGGCAGAGAUCGGUAAUCCAGAGUAGUGGGGCAAAGGUAAAGGACGGCAGGCAAGCUCAAGUCAGGCAGAGGUCGGUAAUCCAGAGUAGUGGGGCAAAGGUACAGGAUGGCAGGCAGGCUCAAGUCAGGCAGAGGUCGGUAAUCCAGAGUUGUGGCGCAAAGGUACAGGACGGCAGGCAGGCUCAAGUCAGGCAGAGGUCGGUAAUCCAGAGUAGUGGGGCAAAGGUACAGGAUGGCAGACAGGGUCAGGGCAGGCAGAAAGGUAAAAACUGGGAAAACUAGGAACAGGAACUAUAGACAAGACAGGGGCAAGGGGGUAACCACUGGUAGGUUUGAUGAACAAAACAAACUGGCAACAGACAAACAGAGAUAUAAAUACACAGGGGAUAAUGGGGAAGAUGGGGCGACACCUGGAGGGGGUGGAGACAAGCACAAAGACAGGUGAAACAGAUCAGGGCAUGACAAUUUUGGACAAAAAUGGGCAAAUGUAACUAAGGCUGGGAAUGUCAAUACAAUCAAACUAGCAGGGGCAAUGAUCACAAGUCAGUCAUAACAUAGCUAAUAGGCUAGCGUAUCUAUUUAUGUAGCAAGCUAAAAACAAACGCAGCCUGACAUUAGCUGCUAGGAGGAUGUCAUGUCAUUGAAGGAGUGGGUGGGUGACUUUUCCCCCUCAUCAAUUUUCCUUGGUUAUACACAGCUAGAGGUGCAGGCGUUAUUUGGUUAGCCAGCAAGAACUUGACUGUUAUCCAAUUAGCAUAUAGUAUCUCUUGCAUUCGCAAAUUCACUUUUUUUAUUUUUUUAUUUAUUUCCCCUUUAUUUAACCAAGUAAGCUAGUUGAGAACAAGUUCUCAUUUACAACUGCGACCUGGCCAAGAUAAAGCAAAGCAGUGCGACACAAACAACACAGAGUUACACAUGGAAUAAACAAAGAUACAGUCAAUAAAACAAUAGAAAAAGUCUAUACACAAUGUGUGCAAAUGAGGUAGGAUAAGGGAGGUAAGGCAAUAAAUAGGCCAUAGUGGCAAAAUAAUUACAAAAAUAGCAAUUAAACACUGGAUUGAUAGAUGUGCAGAAGAUGAGUGUGCAAGUAGAGAUACUGGGGUGGAAUGGAGAAAAAUAAAUAACAGUAUGAGGAUGUUGGUUGGAUGGGCUAUUUACAGAUGAGCUAUGUGCAGUGAUCUGUGUGCUGCUCUGACAGCUGGUGCUUAAAGCUAGUUAGGGAGAUACGAGUCUCCAGCUUCAGCGAUUUUUGCAGUUCAUUCCAGUCAUUGGCAGCAGAGAACUGGAAGGAAGGCGGCCGAAGGAGGAAUUUACUUUGGCUAUCUAUUCCGAUUUCAGAGCACUCUCAUCUGAGUGUGCCAAAGCACAGAAUAUCUGGUGAAUUUACGAACGCUCAAUAUCCACUGAAUAUGACCGGUGUCAGUAAACGUAGGCAAAGAAAGUAAUAGUUAGUCAGGAAUUCUCUAGAUAACAUAUAAACAGUCUAACCAGCUCUGCACUUGUGUCUGGAAGUAGCUAGCUAGCAAGCUUGCCAACUUUAGCCAGUUAGAUUUGGGUGCUUGGUUGGGACAAGCUGCAGAAGGACGAGUAGGCUACAAUUCCCCAUCGUUUAUCGGUGCAAUUUUGGCAACCAACCAGUUGAAAAGGUUUGGGUUUAUCUAAUGUUCCUUCAUAAGAUGUCUCUCUGGUUAGCCUUGUUGUUGUUGAUGAUCUUGUUGAUGAUCUUGUUGUAAUUGUUGAUCUUGUUGUUGUUGAUGUGCAUAACUGAGGGAAAGAGCCUACAUUUUCAUGGUUGUUUGAUCAAUUGGACUUUAAAGAUCCCAAAUGUAAGAGGACUCCCAAGUGGUAUUGACAUAUUUGCAGAAAUCUAUUCAGGAGUAUUUUGUGGCUUUUGGUGAAUGCGUUCUAAUGAUCUAAAGUCGCACUGUUGCAACUGCCUGUAAACACACAGUCCAGUUCACAGUGAAGGAUGGCAGGCCCAUGUGCAAGUGGCUUAUUUGCAUAUAGCUCUGAUUGGCUAUGGUGCACCGGUCUGCGUAAACUGGUCCUGGACGAGACAGAUGUUUUUAUUAGGUUUUAUUUACUGCAGUGUCUAUUAAUUAUCCAAAAGCACAGCUGCUUUCACACUCUAUUGCUAUAUAAUUUUGACAAAUGCUUUUAGUAUACAGUACGUAACAAACAUUCUAAGAAUUUAUGAAAACGUGAAAAUGACCAUAUCUAAGUGUCAAAUGUUUUAAAAAGUGUCAUAUUCUUCCUAGGGGUGAAUAUGAACAGAUUUGAAUAAGAUGUUGCUAAAAUGCUGUCAGUCCCACUUUAAGCUGUCAUAUUAGUUGAUUUAGAAUAGGAAGAUGUACCUAAAUACAUUAAAUGUUUUCUAUGCCAUGCCCAAUUCAAGAAUGACCCCACUGUCUGUCAAUCAUAACAGCCACGCACAAGUUAAAUGUGUCAUGUUAUGAUAUCAGUCCCAGAACAAUUUAUUUCAGUACAUUUGUAAACCAUGUUUGAGUGAAGUCAGAAUUUAGUAUUUCAUUGUUAUCUGGUGGCUGAAUUCCACUGUCGAUACUAGGGUCAUAUAAAUCAUAUAGCAGACAUUUGCUCUUUACGCUCUACCUUUUCUCUAAGAUUGUGUUUUAUGAUGCACUAGCUGGCUGCUUUACAGCCCUAUGCAGAAGAGACCAUGUGCAUCUAACCCUGUGAGCCAUGUGAACUGUCAAUCAUAUGUCCAAAAAAAAAACAAUUUAUUUUAAUGCUUGGAAAAUCACCUCCAUCCUCAACGCUAUUAUAUCUCUAGUUAUACGACUCUGAAAUUUCUGAUAGUCCUGAAUGAAUCGUGAAUAAUGAUUGAGAAGUAAUCUGAAACACAACCAAAACAAACUGCAAAUGCAUUCAACAAGUUUGUAGAGUCACAAGCUUGAUGUAGUCAGUCAUUGCAUGCUAGGAAUAUGGGACCAAAUACUACAUUUUUGAUUACUUUUAAAAACAACCUUUAGAGGUUUCAAUAAUUUUGACCCCCUACCUUUUUGAGAAAAAAAGUAUUACUUGUUAAACAAAUAUAUAAUUUCCCAAUUUUUGUAGAGUAUACAGUAUAGCUCAGUAUGUGAAUUAUUGCUUAUCUGUAUCAAGGGUGUCAAUAAUUUCUUGCCCCACUGUAUGUAUCUAUGGUUGUGGCUGUGUCACCCCAAACACCUUGCAUGAUUGUAACUGUUCAUGAUAAAUCAUGGCAUGUAUUCCUAGACAAUGACAGCAUGCAGGCUCACUCCACUAGGAGAAAACAUCUUUAAUAUUUUACUGUUUUCAUUGGCAGGUCUGUGAUUUCCACCUCAUUCAACUGCUUGUGUUUGCAUGUUGUUAGGUAAGGUAGUGCCUUGUGAAUAUUUAUGCUUUCUGGGGCAUAUUUUAUCGUUUGUCUCAUAUCCUCCAUGUUUGUAUUCCAUUCAUUACGUAUUCAUAACCAGAACUUUCCUGUUUUUGUUCAUUGUUUAAAUAAUUCAAUAAUCUCUCAUUCAGAAAAGAAAAGAUGUCAGAUCUAUUCUGAACUAAUGGAACUAAAGCAGGAAGAAAUAGAUUAGAGCUUUAGGUUUUACAGUGAUGGGUAACAGAAAUAGAUCCAGAAUAGUCACCCCUCAUUAGAUGCACAAACAAUAAUUUAGCAUUUUUGUUUUCAUGGCAUGGACAAGGAAGACAUAGUAGCACUGAGCAUCCAACCCCCUCCCCCAUUGAUAAUGAAGGUAUUUCCACUUCCCAACAGUUUCAUUGAGAGUUUAAUUACUGCUGUUUUCACAACAAAGACAAAGCUCUAUAAAUUGAUUGUGCGGAGAUGAUUUUCUCAGGAACAGAACAUAAUAUGAAUCCUGUCAGUGAAUAAUUAACCUGCAUGAGGCUGUUUGAUUUGUGUUAAAUGAGGGGAGAGAUGGUAUUUUUCUCGCUUCAAUUUCCUAUUGCUACCAAUGAUUUUGCCGAUGCACCAAAUACAACUAUCGCAUUUACGAUCCAUAUGUUCUUUAAACUUUUUUCUUCUUUCAUCAUUAAAGAUAAAAGCUGGUCA